AUGAUGAGUGACGACGAUCGUGAUAUUGAUAUCGAAAGUGAUGCUGAAAAUGACUCGGAUUCUCGUACACAUGCUAGAAAUAGUGUCAGUGGAAGCGGCUAUUACUCUCAGGCAGAGAAAAGGGCACACCACAAUGCACUAGAAAGGAAAAGAAGGGAUCACAUAAAGGACAGUUUUACCUCACUACGAGAAGCAGUACCUGCACUACAAAAUGAGAAAGUGAGUUCUACGAAAUUGCAGGCGAGUCGAGCCCAAAUACUUAAGAAAGCAGCUGAAUAUAUACAAUUUAUGAGAAGAAAAAAUAACUCUCAUCAACAGGAUAUUGAAGAUCUGAGAAGACAAAAUAUGUUACUUGAGUCACAAAUACGAGCGUUGGAGAAAGCCCGAACUACAGGUAAUUAUGUGGAUGCCCAUGAACUAGGACUCGGCAUUAAAUCUGAGGGAGAUUCACACGAUUCAGACAGUUCAGAUGGUGAGGGAACUACACGACGCGUCAAGAAACUCAAGAUUAACGGAGUCAUGUCUAGCAAUUAA